GGCAGCUGCUAGUUGCCUAAGUAAUUCUAGCCUAGUUGGGCCGAAAGGUGUAAGGCUGCUUCUUGUAGUUUUUUUUCAAAACUCCUGGACCCUUCCAGGAAAUAAAACUCAGGUUCAUGGUGGAAAAUAUUUUGGGGGAAAGCAUCCCAUGUGCCCAGGGAAUGAGUUUCUCUAUUUCAUUUUUUCAUUUCUCCACAGGUGAAAGAGGGGUGUCUAUCAAGGAGGUGGAGAAAUGUGGACCAGAAAAUUCCACCCAAAUAAGGCCACGCGAGAGAGAGUCUGCCGGGAGAGGAGAAGACGUUCCUCCGCUUCGCGAAAAGGCCUCAGAGAGUCAGCGUAGGCCUUGGUGGCAGCAGAACAGCCUCCCUGGAGCAGGAGCAGUCGGAUCCAUUCCAUGUGCAGAAGGCUACAAGGAGCUCCUCCAAGCCCCAGACCACCAGGCGACGCAGACCGGUUACUGGCCCGAGAGCGAGAACGAAGAGAAUCACCGAGGCGUUUUGGAGCAACCUGAAGCGAUAGCAGUCAUUUCAAGAAUGGCGACGGAGAACACCGUGGCUCGGGCUGAAAAAAGUGGGGAGGUCUCUGAGGGUCAGCACAGGAAGUGUCAGGAAGGAAAUGCCCUGAAGAGAAGGACAGGCCAAUCCACUACCUGUGGGGCAGAGGAAAAGGCACCCGGCAAAACUCUGCCACGGCCCAAACGAAAGACGUUUGCCGCGCUUCCUGAGAGAGCUUUCAAGCUUGGUGCGCCAGGCCGCUGCAGGCAUGAGCGGCUACACACGGCGGAGAUGCCCUUCCACUGCGCCGAGUGCGGGAAGAGCUUCAUACACCAGCGAAACCUCAACACCCACCAGAGGCUCCACACCGGAGAGAAGCUCUACGAGUGCCCCGACUGCGGGAAGAAAUUCCUCAGCAAGUCAAAGCUCACCAGGCACCGGCGGCUGCAUACCGGGGAGAGGCCGUACCAGUGUUCGUACUGCUGGCGGAGCUUCAGCCAGAGCUACAACCGGACGGAGCACGAGAGAACUCACACAGGGGAGAAGACGGCGCACAACCGGGCAGCCCGCGCAACGAACCUGGGCGGCAGCUCCUGUGUCGCUGCUCACGAAGGAGCCCGUAAAAGCGAGAGACCCUAUAGGGUUCCUAUCGGGGGAACGGCCCCCCUUCAGGCUCUGAGGAAACGUAGAAGGGCCCAACCCCCGGAAGGGAAAAGGGAAAAGUUGUAAUGUUGGCCCAAGCAUGGGAAAGCCUCUGUUCUGAAGAUGCUCCUUGUUAGAUUUCACUUGAUUGGUGCACGUGUUACAGAUGGGUGCUUAUUGCGUGAUAG